GCUGACGUGGCCCCAACCCCCGGCAACGCGGGCGGGAUCGCAACAUGGCUGCGGGGCGAGCGCUGCAGCUGUCCCUGCUGCUGUCGCUGCUGCUGUCCGGGCCGCCCGGUCGGGUGAGGGGACAGCGGUCUCAGGACCGCGGCCGCCGCUUCUCGGACUUCAAGAGCUGCGGUGAUCCCGAGUGCAGCAUGUUAAUGUGCUGGGGUAAAGCUGUUGGAGAUUUCACAGGCCCGGAUUGUCGCUUUGUGAAUUUUAAAAAAGGUGACUCUAUACAUGUCUACUAUAAACUGGUAGGGGGAUCGCCUGAACUUUGGGCUGGAAACGUUGGAUUUUUUUUUGGAUAUUUCCCAAAGGAUUUAGUCAAGAUAGAACAAGUAUAUGCCAAAGAGGAACUACAAGUCCCAGCAGAUGAGACAGACUUUGUCUGUUUUGAUGGGAGAAAUGAUAUGUUUGAUAACUAUAACGUAGAAGAACUCUUAGGGGUUUUGGAACCCUAUAACUCUGGAACUGAAGAUGCUGAGAAAGCGCCUCCACAUGCAGAGCAGCCUCCGGAGGGCUCCGCGGGAAGCGAGCCCAAGGCCCACAGCAGCAGUGCCGCCGAGGGAGGCGGCCCGGAGCACCAGCCCCACGCUGACCCAGGUGCCCGGGCGGAGGCGCCAUCCUCAGAGGCGCUGGAAGAAAUGCUGCAGGGGAAGCUGAGGGCGCCGCAGAGCGAGGACAGCAGGGCCAGCACUUCUCAGGCCGCCUCCGCUGAGCAGAAGGUGGACACUUACAAGCUCCCGAAGGAGAUGGCUCUAGGCUUGAAGACCAAGUUCGGCUCCACUGCCGAUGCUAUGGUGUCGGAUGACGAGGCGACUGCGCUGGUGACCGCCCCGGAAGGUGCUCUGGACAAGGCGCCGGACGCCGAGGCCUGCUCGGAGGAGGAGGAGGAGGAGGAGGAGGAGGAGGAGGAGGGGAAUGGAGGCGGCCUGGACGAGCUGCCGCUGCUGACCUUCAGCAGCGGGGAAGAGCCGAGCCGGGCAGCGGAGCCCGGGCUGGAGGAAGAGGACAGCACCGUGGCAGCUCGGCACCCCAGCAUGGGAACCGGCCAGAACGGCAUCCUGGCCACCUGGGGGAGCACUCUGUUCUCCAUUGUCGCCUCCGGCCAGAGGGGCACGCAAGACUUGGAGGGCUCUCACUCAGAAGGAGCACAGGAAGGUGACCCCGAGAGCAGCGAACAGGGGAAGCCACAAGCUGUGGCAGAUUAUUUUGACUCUGAAAACUUAGAUGAUUUUUUUGUAGAAGUCUUUAAAACAAAUGAUGAAAAUGACUCAGGAAUGGACACAGAACCUGACAAUAAGGAAAAUGGCAGUGAUGCUGAGGAACCAGAGUCCCCACUCGAGGCUGCCCGGCACGGAGGGACAGUUCCACACGGCUCUGCUGCGAGCCUGGGGCUGAGGCCCCUGCCGGCUGCCGGAAAGGGCAAGGACGCCCCUCAGCCAGCUUCUGAGAACAGAGACAGUGACCCGCAGGAAGCAGCUGUGGGCGAUGCAGAAGACACACUCAGGGAGGGAAGACCUGGAGCCCAGACGUCGGCUGCCGGCCCAGAGAGCGGCUCUGCUCUGAACGGUGUGGGCAGUCGGGCGACUGAAGGGACUGAGGGGAUGAGAGAGCAGGAAUCCCCCGGCGCUGUGCCACCGCCCGGAGAGGAUCUGCACACCUCGACCCCAGAUGGUGUGCAGGUGGCUGGGGGUGCGGCCCCGGGGCCCAGCUUGCACCCUGGCCCAGCGCGGCACCAACUCGAAGAGCAGAGAGAGGAAACAGGCCUGACAGCCCCAGGCCACCCUCUGUUCCCUCCUCCAGAUGGAGUGAGAUUGGCAGGAAAACUGGAAGAGGAGGUCCCCCCUCUGGGAGAUCGUUCCCGGCUGCAACAGAGAGAUGCUGCCCUCAGGGAGCGAGCGACUGAAAUGGAGUCAGCUCAGCACGAGGCAGAAGAGAGGGACCCAGCAGAGGAGAGGGAGCUGCCCGAUGGUGCGGCUGCCCCAGGCUCCCAUGCCCAAGAGACAGAGGGGGACGAGGAGAGGACGGAGGAGGAAGAGGAGCCAGAGGGCGACGAGGAGCUCCCAGAAGAGCUGCUGGAAGAUGAAAAUGCAGUCAGUGCUAAACAGUCUCAAGAAAUUCACCCGGAAGUCGGGGAUGGGAAGCCGCCUAUUAACCCACGAGGUUCUGUAGGGGCGCAGUUAGGGACCAUUCACCCCGAUCCAGCAGCCGAAGAAAACCAGCAGGAACCUAACGUGAUUCUUGUGAUUGAAGACGAAAAUGCUACUGCAGCAAGACAGGGAGAUGGGCCAAGUAGGGGCCUGGGCAGCGCUGUGGUGGGGAGAGAGGACGGAGGUCCCCCGGCACCAGAGAUCAGCGAGCCUGAGGGCAGGGAGAAGGCCCCCUCACCAGGCCCACGUGAGGCCCUGCAGAAGGAAGACUCGGUGGGGGUGUGGCCGGGCGGGGACAGCACAGGGCCUGUGGAGAGGCCUUCGGGGGAGCCCUCUGAGGAGGCCCAGAAGGCUGGGGACCCGAGGAGCCUGGGGCCCUUCCCUGCAUACCCCAUAGAUGACCUGUCCCGGCAGAGUCCACUCGCUGCGCUAGGGGAAGACUGGCCCAUCAUCCUCAGCGUCUUCAAGGACCUGGAAGUCUUGGAGCGCUUCCUCAAGUACAUGGAUGUCCUCAAGCUGGAAGCUAUGCUGCAGGACAUGUCCCUGAAGCUGAAGGCGGCGCAGCAGGAGAGCCUGCCUUACAACGCAGACAAGGUGCUGGACAAGGUCUUCCGGGCCUCCGAGGCGCAGAUCCUGAGCGCAGCAGAGAAGAUGCUGGAUGCCCGCACGACCAGGAACAGAGAGCUGGGGGCGAAGGAAAGCAAUGUGCUGGAAGAGUAUGCCGUGCUAGAUGACGUGCAGGACCUCAUCUACUUCGUCAGGUACAAGCACUUGGCCGAGGAAGAGCCCGUCCCGCUGAGCACGGCCCCGACUCUGGAGGACUGCUGGAGGGGACCUGCCCAAGAGACGCAGCCGCCCCCUAGCGAUCUGUUCCCUCGAGAGAACACGGAAGAUGCUGGCACGAAGCUCCCGGAAGAGCCCAGCCCCUGGGGCCAGCCGGCGACCAGGGUAGCAGGCGGCUCCGCCGAGGAACAGACACCGAAUCCCAAGGAGGACGAAGCCCCAGUUUUAGGGGUGAUUACGACAGAAGGCCCCGAAGCUGACCCAGGAGGUACUACGGAGAGCCAGCAAGAGAUGAACAGGCAGGAGCCGGCCCACACCAGCCCUUUGGAAAGCGUAGUCCCGAAGCAUAGUUCAUUCAUGCCUUACCUCAGCAAGAUGUAUUUAGGCGCAGUUUCCUAAGACUUCUUAACCUUACGAUUAUCUAACAUACCUGUGUGAUCCAAACUGGGAAUGACGUCUGUUGGGAGAACUCUAGCUUUGGCGGCAGUGAUGUUGCCCUCCUUUGUAACAACAGGUCUUUUAUUGAUGGACAUUUUGUUGCCAGUCUUUUGUUGUUACAAAUAAUUGUGGAAUUACAAAAUUUUAUAAAUGUAUCCUUCCAACA